CAUCAUCAUCCCAACACUCUCUUUAUCAAGAUGGAAGCACAAUUGCAAGCACUAAAAGUGGUAGACUUGAAAAAGCUAUUAGGAGAUGCAGCUUUACCACAAUCAGGAACAAAGGCAGAAUUGAUUAAGAGGUUAUUGGAGAACCCCUCUGCAACUGCAUCUUUGAACGGAGGAGGAGCUGGAGCAGCAGAUGAAGAGGAUCUAUUAGGAGAAACAGCAGAGGCACCACAAUCACUUUCAACAGCACCAGCAGCCACAGUUCCAUCAGCCAAACCAACACCAGCAGCCGCACCAGCACCAACUACAACGACUGAAAGUGCACCUGCACCUGUUCCGGAAAAAGAUGCAGAAACACAAAAAGCAGAAGUGAUUGCAGAACUAGAAAAGAGGAAAGCAAGAGCUAUCAAAUUUGGAAUGCCGACUGAUGAAGUUGAUGCUAAGAUUCAAAGAAUUCAAAAGUUUGGAUUACAGGAAGAAUCUGUUGUUUCGAUAGAUGCUUUAGAUGGAGAACUAAAAGGUGGAAAGAAGAACAGAAAAGAAGCCAAAGCAGAAAAGAACGGUAAUGGUCAAGCUUCUGGAAAGCCAGCCAAGAAUGCUGAAAAGAAAUCUGUUGCUGCACCACCAGUUGUUGCUUUGGAUCCGGUUGAAGAAGAGAAGAAACGUAAACGUGCUGAAAGGUUCGGUGCUGCAGUUCCAGCAUCUUCGAAUGAGCCUUCUGACAAAAAGAUUAAAACUUAACUCACAGAUUUUAAAGACUUGUAUCAUUUUUAUCUCUCUUGCUUAAUUUCCAAAUCUGGUCAACAAAACCAAAAGGAAGCUUAUGUAGUGAACAUUGCAAUAGAGUGCUCCCGUUCAACCCUGCAGCGGAAGUGAGUGAGUGAGGAGGCCAUCAACCUAACACUAAAGGAACUCCUUGUCUUUCCCAGAUGCAGGUAAAUCCACGUGAUAGGAUCACGACGCGACGCGCUUCUUUCCAGUUCAACCUUCUGUGUGCUUAAAGUACAAUGAAUGCUUCUUUUUCGAGGGGGAGAAUUAGUGUAAAUGAUUGUAUGUAUGUUUCGAUGCACUACCU